AUGUCACAGUUGGGCUACUGCAGCUCGGGAGCACUUCCACUGAUGAUCAGUUCAGAGCGCCAGGACGGAGACGCACAGUGUGAUGAUGGAGGGGGUGUUGUAGAAUGCCUAUGCAAGCAGCACUGUAAAUAUUAUGCCCCACACUAUGCCACACGCUUGUCAGACGGCAAGCAACCCGAUGUCUUGGAGGGUCGUCUGAGCGGUCAGGAGAGGACACUGGCUGUGCUGCUGGAGCAGGCUUUUAGGAUUAAAGAGGAGGUGGCAGCAGGUCUGCAGUCCACCCAGGGCUCCGUCCAGGUCGAGGCACUUUCCCGCAAGCUUCUGGAGAAUCACAUACUGACCAUCACACGCAUUGUCAAGCAGCUUAGCAAGGACAUCCAGGCCCUGGAGCAACAGCUCGCCCAGCGGGACUCCAUCACAUCUGGAACCACAAUGGCUGUUCAAAGCUUGGAUCAGAAGAGCAUGGCUAGUAUUGGAGACUUGAGAGGAAGAGUAGCCAGGUGUGAUGCCAGCAUUGCCAAGCUGAGCGCUGAUGCGAGCUCUGGGGAGCGGCAGCUGAUUAGACUACAGAAGGUGGUGGCAGAGCUCAGGUCAGCUGUGGCUGUACGGCUGAAAGAGCUGGAAGUCAAGCUUCAUCAUGACCUGGGGAAACUGGAGGCCUCAUUGUCAGAGCUUUCCCAGGGUCAAAGGAGCUCCAUGUCUGAUUUGCAUAUAAAAGUUAAACUACUAGAGGCCAGGAUGUCAGGUGAACUGAAGGAAGCCAAUGAGCAGACAGAUUUGCUGAGGAAGUGGACAGAACAACAGCUCAACAGCUCAGUCCAGCACUGCACACAACAGCAGGACAAAAUGUUAGAGGUCGCAUCUAGAUUAGCUGACCAGCUACAUGCUCUGGUGGCCCGUGUGGAACAGUUUGAGAUCCAGCAAAACCAGGCCGACCACAAUCGGACAGAUCAACUGAAACACUCUGAGACCAAACUCAGUAAAAGAAUAACCUCAGUGGAGAGCAGCCUUCAUCAGGAGCUGCAUCUGCUCAAACAGGAAAACCACAAAGGGUUCCUGUCUGUGCACGAUGCCAUUGAGUCCCUGAGGCAGAUAGGUGACAUCAAAUCCCGCCUUGACAAGGAGAAGCUUCAGAAGGAUAUCAGGCACAUCUGCAGCAAGGUGGCAGAGCUCAAUGACUGAAGAGGAGCCCCUUGUUACUGUCGCAAAGAAGCAAUGGCUUGAGUCACAUAUUUUAAACCUAAAAAGCAUGCCAGAAUGUCAGUGAUCGUGUUAAUUGGUUACUGGCUAUCUUUAUUCACAUCUUAUUUUGAGUCCACAGUUAUUUAGACUAUGGCAAUAAAUAAUUUAUCACUGUUUGAAAGAGUAAUAACCUUGAGAUUUGAAGUGACAAAUCUUUUGUGAAAUGUGAGGCAACUUGAUUACAUAAAUCAGAUACUUUGGUGAAAGAGAUUUAAAGCCAUUCAUUUUUGCCAAUGUCAAUGACAAGUGUAUUUAAUUUUGUUAUAUUUAAAAAAAGAAUUUUAAAAGUC